AUGGCCAUCAAUACAGAUGCCGAGUUUGAGAGGGGUGAAAUAAGCGAGAGCAGCGGAGGAGGAGUCGGCGGUGCAGGAGGCGGCGGCAGCGCGACGGAAUUCAGAGACACGCAGAAACUUCUUGGCGUCGUCGUGGGCGACGGUAAAGACGGGCACGACUCCCGUUCCGACUCCCGACGGCCGAGUGUCAGGUCGCUGAAGUCGCUGAAAUCCCUGAGCGUUGAGCAGAACAGCUACAAGUCCACAGGGACCGGAGGUCUCCAGUCACCGCCGCGCUCUCCGGCACCGGAGCGCAACGAGCCCGAGCCACGCAGCUACAUGUGGCUUGCGCUCUUUUCGUGCUUCUGUCCCGCACUGCCGCUCAACGUCAUCGCACUGUACUUCUCACAUGCGUCCCGCUCCAUGACCCAGGCAAAGGAUUACGAUGGAGCUAGGAGACUGGGCCGGCGUUCGAUGCUCUUCAGUAUCAUGGCCAUUGCUGUUGGUCUGAGUAUAAUAAUUUAUCUGGUGAUCACAGAGAGCUGAUGCGGUGUCUUGUAGAAAGCCUUUAUAUCACGGACGAUCGGUCUGGCGUGGUGCGUCUUUCCGAGAACGUGAACGCCGUCCUCGAGAUCUUAAAGGACUAGAAUAUCUUGCACUACAAUUACAAACAUACAAAAGUGUCAUGCCUUAUCAUAUCUCGGACAAUAUGCGAAAUAGUAUGGAUUCCUUCGUGCAUGCUCGGUCUCCGUCCGCUGAGAUAGCGGACGUCGUCCACGUGGGCCGUGUCCUAUCUGAAGGGUGCAGCCAGAUAAACU